AUGUUCGGCGUGCCGACCGGCGCCGCCGCCAAGGGCUUCCAGGACUCGGCCGUACAGAGCGCCUGCGGCCAGGAGGAGCCGGCGGCCGAGCUGGAGACGGAUCUGGCUGUGCUGGACGUGGCCGAGGGUGGUGACAAGGCGGCCGCGCCACCCGCCAGUCCCUACCCGGAGUUUCCGGAGACGAACCCGUUCCGGCUGCCGGAGACCGGCGCGCGCCGGAGCGGCUCUGCGUUGGUGGCCCAGCGGGCGGUGGGCGUCGAGUCGGACCCGUCCGGCGGCGGCCGGCUGGCCAGCCUGGAGCGGCGCGACAGUAUCUGGGAUCGGCUGCCGCCGCCCGACCUGGAGCAGCGCCGCCUCUCGGACCAGGAAGGCGGAGCCAGCGCCGCCACCCGCCUGCUCAGGUCUCCGUUCACCCUGGGCCAGGCGACGCCGACGCCGGACCAGACCAACGACGAGGGCCGCGACCUCUUCCUGGAGUUCGUCCGCGACAGGAUCGAGGAGGACAUCCAGGUUGACGAGCUGGCGCUGCAGGCGCAGAACGACGACUACUUCAACAGGAUCAUGGCGCUGCCUGGCCUCAGCAACCCAGUAUGGGCGCAGACAGGCACAGAGCUGCGUGCGCUGGCCGACGCCUUCGCGACCUCCCACCAGCGUCAGGAGCUGCGCUGCAAGGCCUUGCAGACCGACCUGACCGGCAUCUCAUGGGACCGGUUCCGCCAGCUGCUCGAAGAGCUCUUCUCGGGCGAGGCGGGUGUGACCCAGGAGCGCAUCCUGGUGCUGUUUUUCUUCCUGUCCGACUGCGUGGUGGCCACCAUUCGACGGCACGCCUGGACCCACCUGCGGCGCCUUAUCGAGUGGAGCCUGCGCUACAUCGUGGAGCGCGUCUGCGCCCUGGUGCAGCAGGCUGGCGGAUGGGGCGUGGUGCUUCGCACAUCGGCCGAGUACGUGUACAUGGCGCUCAAGAUGGCCACCUGCGGCCUGGUCUGUGUCGCCGCCAUCAUGUACAUCAGGAAGUCGCUCAACUAGUGGCGGCGGCGCUGCGGUCCGCCCGGCGCCUGCCGUGGUCAGGGACGGCGCCCGGGGCUGGACGG